UUUUGUUGUGACAGCGGAGUAAGAACCCGGCGGGGGAGACGGUCAUAACAUAGUUUUUUUCAUCUCGGAGCAACAAUGGCCUUCAGCAAGGGAUAUCGCAUUUACCACAAGCUGGAUCCACCACCUUACAGUGUCAUAGUGGAAACUAGGACCAGGGAGGAAUGCCUCAUGUUCGAAUCAGGCGCUGUUGCUGUUUUGUCCGCAGCAGAGAAGGAGGCCAUUAAAAAUACAUACAGCAAGAUUGUUGAUGCCUAUGGAAUUCUGGGUGUCCUUCGCUUGAACUUGGGUGACUCCAUGCUUCACAGUCUCGUGGUUGUAACAGGAUGCAGCUCUGUGGGCAAGGUGCAGGACUCAGAGGUUUUCAGAGUCACACAGACAGACUUUAUUUCUCUGAAGAAUGACCCAGGAGAUGAAGACCGGAUUGCUGAGGUGCGAAAAGUCCUUAACUCAGGACACUUCUACUUUGCCUGGUCUUCCACUGGAGUCAGCAUGGACUUGAGUCUCAAUGCACAUCGCAGGAUCUUAGAAGACACUACAGAUAACCGCUUCUUUUGGAACCAAUCUCUGCACCUGCACCUAAAACAUUACGGAGUAAACUGUGAUGACUGGCUGCUGAGGCUGAUGUGUGGCGGUGUGGAGAUCAGGACCAUCUAUGCAGGGCACAAACAGGCCAAGGCCUGCAUCUUUUCCCGCCUCAGCUCAGAGCGAGCCGGCACUCGAUUCAAUGUCCGAGGAACAAAUGAUGACGGACAGGUGGCGAACUUUGUGGAGACUGAACAGGUUAUUUUCCUGGAUGACAGAGUUUCAUCCUUCAUACAGAUCCGUGGGUCUAUUCCUCUUUUCUGGGAACAGCCAGGAAUCCAGAAAAAGUCCAUUAAGGGUGUUUUGUUGCAACUGAAUGAGAAUCGGCACCCUAAUGGACUGGAUGAGAACCCCCACCUGGUUGGUUCUCAUCGCGUCAAACUCUCAAGGGGAUUUGAGGCAAAUGCACCAGCAUUCGAAAGACACUUUACCGCGCUGCGGAGGUUGUAUGGCAAGCAAGUGAUCAUCAACCUGCUUGGAAGUAAGGAAGGAGAACACAUGCUCAGCAAAGCAUUUCAGAGUCACUUAAAGGCGUCAGAGCAUGCAUCAUCAGUGAAAAUGGUGAACUUUGACUACCAUCAAAACGUGAAGGGUGGCAAAGCAGACAAACUCCACAGUGUCCUCAAACCCCAGCUCAGCAAAUUUGUAGAAGAAUGUGGGUUCUUUUACUACGCUGGAGACAUAGGCAUUGCAAGGACUCAGGGAGGGACCAUCAGGACCAACUGUCUGGACUGUUUGGACAGAACCAACAGUGUCCAAGCCUUUUUUGCUCUUGAGAUGCUGCCUAAGCAAUUGGAACAAAUGGGUUUGACAGAGAAACCGCAGCUGGUGGCCCGGUUCCAGGAGGUUUUUAGGACCAUGUGGUCAGCCAACGGUGAUUCUGUCAGUAAGAUCUACGCAGGCACAGGUGCCCUGGAUGGAAAGGCCAAGGCGGGAAAGCUAAAAGAUGGAGCUCGGUCUGUGACACGGACCAUCCAAAACAACUUCUUCGACAGCUCAAAGCAAGAAGCUAUAGACAUCCUGAGGCUGGGCUCUACACUCAACAGUGAUCUGGCAGACAAAGCUCGGGCCUUGCUCACUACUUCCAGUCUUUAUGUCACUGAGCCUGUCUUACAAUCAGCCUCCCCAAGAGUAUUGCUGGGAAUGUGUCAGAAUUACCAUAAAUACACAAGGCCCAAGCAGAUCCGGGUUUGUGUCGGCACCUGGAAUGUUAACGGGGGUAAACAGUUCCGCAGCAUUGCUUUCCGUAACCAGACACUCAACGACUGGCUGUUGGAUGCCCCAAAGAAGGCCGGCCAUCCCGAGUUUCAGGACACCAAAGCCAACCCCAUAGAUAUCUUUGCAAUCGGAUUUGAGGAAAUGGUUGAACUGAAUGCUGGCAACAUUGUCAGUGCCAGCACUACUAACCAGAAACUGUGGGCAGCUGAGCUCCAAAAAAACAUCUCCCGGGACCACAAGUAUGUGCUACUUGCUUCAGAGCAGCUGGUGGGAGUGUGUCUGUUUGUCUUCAUCCGCCCACAGCAUGCACCAUUCAUCAGAGAUGUAGCUGUAGAUACCGUAAAAACCGGAAUGGGUGGAGCCACAGGUAAUAAAGGAGGCGUGGCCAUCCGUCUGCUGUUCCACACCACCAGCAUCUGCUUCGUCUGCUCCCACUUUGCUGCCGGCCAAUCGCAGGUCAAGGAGAGGAACGACGACUACAGCGAGAUCACACGCAGACUCAGCUUCCCCAUGGGUCGUCUGCUGUACUCACAUGACUACGUGUUCUGGUGUGGAGACUUUAACUAUCGAAUCAGCCUCCCCAAUGAGGAAGUGAAAGAGCUCAUCAAACAACAAAGCUGGGAUGCCCUGACAGCUGGGGACCAGUUAUUGGACCAGAAGAAUGCUGGUUUGGUCUUCAGAGGUUUUAUUGAGGGAAAGUUGGAUUUCGCCCCAACCUACAAGUAUGACCUCUUCUCAGAAGAUUAUGACACCAGUGAGAAGUGCCGCACACCAGCCUGGACUGACCGCAUACUUUGGAAGAGGAGAAAGUGGAACUUUGACAAAACAGCUGAGGAGAUGAAUGUAGUAGGAGCAGCUUCUACAUCUGUGGAGAAUGAGGACGAUCCAGACAAUCCCUGGAGCCCUGGCACUUUAAAGUACUACGGCAGAGCAGAGCUGAAGACCUCAGAUCACAGGCCUGUGGUGGCAAUAAUGGAUGUAGACAUCCUGGAGGUCGACCCGGAGGCCCGUCACCAAGUCUACAAAGAUGUCAUUGCCCUGCAGGGGCCUCCAGACGGUACCAUCCUGGUGUCACUCUGCACCUCCGGCCCUGAUGACUACUUUGAUGAUCCACUCAUAGACGAGCUGUUGGACAAGUUUGCUAAUUUUGGAGAGGUCAUCCUCAUCAGGUUUGUUGAGGAGAAAAUGUGGGUGACCUUCCUUGAGGGUUACUCUGCCCUGGCUGCACUGUCUCUCAGCGCUUCCACUGUCCUUGGCAAGAUGAUUGACAUCCGUCUGAAGAGUCCAGGCUGGAUCAAGAGUCUGGAGGAGGAGAUGAGUGUGGAGAGGAUCUGUGGAAGCAUUCCUACAUCAGCCAGCUCCACCCUGCUUGCCGAAGACACGGACAUGGGUGACGACGAUUACGAUAUGGAAGGUGAUGUAGACGAGGAGGUGGAGGAGAUUCUUCCCCAGCAUCUGCAGCCUGGAGCAGGCUCUGGCCCAGGAUCCUCCCCUCUCCCUUCUCCCCGCGGUAGUCCCUGUCCCUCCCCUACCCAUGGAGAACCUGCUGCCCCCAGCAGGCCUGGUCGUGCACCACAACCUUCCCGACCAUCACAAGGACCACCUGUUGAUUUCCAGCCUGGUGCCCCCACAGCUCAAGGCAUGGAGCCAAAACGCCCGCCUCCCCCUCGUCCUAACGCGCCCCCAGCUAGACCCGCACCACCUCAACGUCCACCACCACCUUCAGGUCGAGGCCAGGCAGCCGGAGCUCCUGGACCUGGCGGUGUUUCCAGACCAAAUAUUCCUCCUCGAGCUGGAGUGAUCAGUAUGCCCCCUCAGGCUCGCCCACCACCUCCCGCUCACCCUGGAGCACCCAGGCCCAUCCCAGAGGUGCAUCCUGGGGCCCCUCGGCCGAUUCCAGACACCCACCCCGGUGCCCCACGACCUGUGCCCAGUGGCCAAGUCAAACCAACAGACCUGCCUCUGGGUCCCCCUCCCUUAGGUCCUCCACCCUCAGGACCUCCUCCUGCAGGCCCUCCUGCUGGGAAACCCCAGGUUUCAUCACCCAUGCAGCCACCCAUGCAGCCUCAGCCAGCUGCCCCUUCAUCUCAGUCUCAACUCCCACCACCGAUGCAGCCCACACUUCCAGCUCCUCUCCAGCCACAGCAAGCUCCUAAAGCAGCGGCUUCCCCCGCUGUUGCUGCUGCCGCCGCCGCCCCUUCUGGGCCUCAACAGGGUCUAGCCUCGCCUAAACCCCCACCACGUUCCCGCUCCUCUCAUGCUCUGCCGCCUGAUGCUGCCAAGUCUGAUACAGCCCCAGCUGCACAGACCAAUGGACUGAAUGGAAUCCAAAGAGAAGCACAAUGGAAGCCCGACCCCUUUGACACACUUGCAUCUGACUUCCUGUCCUCCUCAACCUCCUCCUCAUCUACCUGGCACACCACCCAGUCCCUGACCAGAGGCUCUUCUCUGCGUUCUCCCCCCUCCGUUCCUCCAUCUGCGUUUUCCUCCACCACGCUCCCUUCAUCCUUCUCUGCCCAGUCCUCUGCUCUAUCAGACCUGCAGGCUUUCGAUUCCUCCUCCUCUUCCUCACUCUCCACUCCAUCACCAUUUGCUUCCUCGCUGCUCCCACCUCCCCCGGUCCCUUCUCGCAGUCGCUCUCAGGAGACGCUGCGUGCCUCCCCUAGCCCCCUCCCGACUGACCUGCUGCCCGCCCGACCCAGCAGCACCAAUCCCUUCACAGGCCCACUAGCGCAGCAGCAUCAGCAGCGGCGAGCGCUCACCCCAGACUUCAGCUUCCAGCAUCAAGCCCCAACAGCAAACCUUCAAAGAACCAUGUCUGCUCUCAAUCCACCACUCAUCCCCACCCCUGCAGCUGCACCCACCUCCCAGCUCCACAGGACCACCUCCCUGUUUGGACCAUCAUCCAGUCUUAAUCCCUCACCAGCUCCUCUGCUCCCUCUCGCCCCUGAACUGUCUCCCGCCCCUGCCCUGCCUCUGGCUCCGCCCUCCUCCACUCCACUUGCCUUUGCACCUCGUCGCCAGCCACCUCCCCCAGGAGGGAAACCAGCUCAGCAGUGGGUCACUUUUGAUGAUGAUUUGGAUUUUCCACCUUCAACCAAAACACAGCAGAACCCUGUCUUCCCUUCCAGUUCUCUACUGUCCCAAAGUCAGACUCAGCCUUCAAGCUCUGUGUUUGACUCAGAGCCCAAGUGGUUGUCCUCUGCCCCUGCAGCAUUCCCUACGCUCCCUCCUCCCAUCCCAGAUAGAACUGCAACCAGUAACAAAAGGCUCCCAGAGGGACCCAGUGACAACUGCUUGUUCCCAAGGGAGUCGACGGAAAGAUAGGAUCACCCUUCACAUAUAAAGGGCAUAUCCAGAUAUGUAUAGAUCUAUGAUAAAUGUGUAUAUGUGUGUGUGUAUGUACAAAAGAGACAGUAUUUAAGAAGAAUAGACCAAUCCCCUUCUGAGUCACAGGAAAGGAUUUAUAUCUGGAGCAGUAACGUGAGAAGUGAGUGAGCCUAAAUGUGUGUUCUAACUUUACGACAGAGAUGUUUGCUUGUUCCCUGAUAUUAACACUUAUUUUACUAUGAAUCGUUCUGACGUUUAUUUUUAUUUAUGGCAGCAAACAUGUGCCUGUGUCUUACCAUAUAUUGUUAUAUAAACUAUAUCUAUACGCACAAAUCGUGUGUAACCACCUGUGCAAUAUCAAGACACGUUUGUGUGGCUGUGCAGCACGCUGCAUUUGCUUGCGAGGUUUCACCUAAAUCUGUGUACCUUCGCAGCCACUACAUCUGCUGACACACUGUGGUUCAUAUCCCUCAUUCUGACGGAUCUGUUCAUCAGAGUGGAAUUCUCAGAGGUCAAUGGUAACCUUCUACUUUCUUGGUUUUGUCUCAUAGCAGGAGGCUACACACUGCAGGUUUUGCAUUUGCCCCCACAUUUGCUGCUGCAUGCAGCAAUCAGGUUGCUUUGACUUGCGAGGAUGCAAAUUUAAAAGUGACAUUGUGUGCUUGCUUUUACCAUGAAUGUACUUUACUUUGCACUGGGUUUUGUCAUCGCCUCGCUGCUGACACCACAGUGUCAAAUUGAACAGCACGAGUCCAAGUCAGUCAAACUGUUCACUGCCACAGGACUGAUGCUCUGUAAUAUCUCAUCCACAUGACAGUAAGGCAUUACGUAUUUUCUCUAUUCAGUCAUCUUUUUUUUUUUGUUGAUAGGUGGUUAUGCUCAGCUGGAGGUAUUUUGUAGCUCUAUAUCAAAAACCUAUACAUAGUGAUUAUGUAUAAAUGUAUGUUUUCAAUAUGGAAACUACUCGCUAAAUGUGUGUAUACGUGAUGACCAUGUUAGUGGUUUGCACAAAGUAACUGAUAUGCACUGAAAUGCUGUGUGUGCUCUCCAGGUUGUAUUGUGUGUUGAUGGCAUCAAUUGAGGGCCUGCAGAUUGAACAGAUGUGAGCGCUGUUUAAUUUCCCUCCACUCUGCAGUGUUUGGAUCCUUCUAGAUUUAUCCAAAGCAUCCAACCAUACUGUUGUAAAUUCAGAGAAUGUGGUGUGCUUGUGUGUGUACUGUUGCUCAGAGUACGAAGACGAUGUGAUUCUGGUCUGUGGACACGGCAGCGAGCACCUGCCAUCCAUAAUAACAAGAGGGCACUUUUUUUUUUUUACUUCAACGUUUUGUUUUUUGGAAAAAGUCAUGCUUAUCAUUUCUAAUAGCAUUUACUCUAAAAUAAUCUACUAUCGUUACUGUGGUGAGAAGUGAUGUAAUGUAUUUGAGGUGCAUAUCGUCCUUUGUCGUGUUUAACAGUGUUUGUGUUUGGAUGUGGGUGUGUGUACAGAGUUAAGAGUGGAAUACCAGAGUUGUUCCCUUAGGAAGUCUUCUCUUUUCAGUACAAGCAGUGUAUUUCCUUACAGGUUCUGAACUAACAGCCACUGUAUUCACUCGCUCAUGGCUGUAACUGUGUAUUUUCUCUCUUGCCUGCCAGCGGCUACGGAAAGGCUUCACUGUAUGCGAAAAUGCUAACAAUACAAGGCAGGACUUUUUUUUUUCUCAAAAAGCACGCACCACCUAAAUGAGAAUUCCCUUGUAGCAACACUUAACAGAUUAUUCACCACCUUGACUGAACUACACAGUAUGCUCAGGCGCAAAUGCAUCACCAGAUAACAUUUCCAGUUUACUGUUGUCUUUCUCAGGCGCAGUGUGGCCUCAGAUAGUAGUGUGAUUUGAAUGUUGGGUGUGAAACUCUUCUCAGCGUUUGCAGAUCCACUUGUGAUAUCUAACCCAUAGUUGUUUCCUCCAGUUGAGGGUGUUUGUUACUGAAACUCUCUGAUAUCUUUACCAUUCUUGAGGUAUGUGUGUGUGUGUAUGUGCGUGUGUGUGUGUGGUAUUGUCAGAGGUGAUGUGUCAGUAUUUCACCCUGUACUACCUACUUUCACUGCUGAUGGUCGGCAUUCAUGUUGACAGGGCAAUAGAUCAGCGGUCGUACCAUCCUCCCCGACACAACACACGCCAGCUGUUGGAGUCUAAACACACGCUGUUUGCCCCAGCCCUCGGAAAUUAUUUUACCGGCUUAAAUGUCUGAAAAGCAAUUUGAUGGAACACGGAAGAAGAAGAAGCAUCAGACUUAAGAAACUCCCAGCUAACUAAAGCUUCUACGCUCUGUUUAAACACAUGUAAAAUAAGACAAAAAAAAAAAAUCUUCAUUCACUGCAUCAGAAGCAGUAGCUAUCUAUGUAAGCAAGUGUAUCAGGCUGCCUUUGCUUACAUGUCAGUGUCAUCUCUUAAAUGCAUUUAUUGUGUUAUCCAAAUGUGCGCAGUAGAUACUGUAUCUGCAUUAACAGUAGGUGACUAGCCAGCGCUUUGUGUCAUGUCACGGUUCAAGAUGAGAUUUUAUAGGCAACAAAAUUGCUCCUUUUGUGAGGUUGGUGUCCCUUUUUAUGGCUAUAAUCCAUAGUAAAUAAGAGUCUGUGUUGUGGAACAUAUUCUGUAUGUAUUAAAGUGCAAAACAUGAAGCUGUAAUUCAUGUUAAUAUCCAACGUUCCAUAUUUUAAGUGCACAGCAGAUGGCACAUUUAUGUAUGAAGCAGUUUAUGUUGUAUGUAUGCAAAAUAAAUGUACGUUGACACAA